UUUCUGAGAAGGACACGCGUGUGUUCAUGUUCAGCAAAUGUCAACUUUCCAGAAAGAAAACGAUUCCGCCAAAUCUCUUUUCAGGAGGCUGGAGUCGGCAGUCACUCCCAUCGUGUCUGGGGAGUACAGUCACAGGGACCGAGCUGCGAUGGCAUCCCGGGUCUCCUUCACCCCGGUGCGCCUGGAGCCGGAGCUGGAGCGCUACAGGGCUGAAUGCCAGUGGGGCAAACUGCUGUCGAUGGUGGAGCAGAUGCACGGGGCUCGGAUCCACGAGGACGAUGAUUAUGGGACGCUGUUGAUGGCUGAAGCCCUGCUGGAGGAGUGCUUGCUGGAAAACAUGGAUCUCUUAAGAAAGUCCACGCCUUUGAUGGAGAACACUCAACCCCGACUGUCCAAAGCGAAAGGCUAUCUAAACGCCGUCCUGAGCCGGGGUCGUCUCACUCCCAGAUAUUUGAAUGAGGCGCUGCUGCUGAUGGCAAAGGUGCACUACGCGCAGGGUCGCUAUCGGGACGCUCAGGGCAUGUGCGCCCGGGUGGGCCUCGAAGAGCUGACACAGGACGAUCAGCCCACUUACCACCUCCGCCUGCUGGCAGAGGCGUUCGUCAUCAAAGGCCUGUCUCUGGACCAUCAGACGCUGUCUUCUGUGUCUCGUGUCCGUCUUUCAGAGAGAGAAGAGGAGAGUCUGUCCUGUUUCCUGCGGGCCGCUGAUGCAGCUCUGUCAUACCUGCAGGAGCUGGAUAAGACAGUAACAACGCCUCACUCCAAGACAAUCAAAGGCAUUCUGCAUCCUUUACAUGUUGACUUCGACCUCGGCUACUUCUUGCAGGCAGCUCUGCAGAGUGCCUACCUUUGUCUGCUGCAAAGGGGUCAUCUGGCGCAGGGUGUCCAUCAGCUGCGGAGGGUGCUGAGGGUGGUGGAGUCACGAGGGUCCCAGAGCUUCAGGAAGUCUGCAGCUAAGAAGCUAGCUGAAGUGUUGCUGAGCUCUGUGGGGGAAGACAGCUACUGGCCCCCUCUGGGCCCGCCACCCCCAGUCUGGCUUCAGAGGGAGGGCGCAGCCGCGUCUAAGGAUGCCAUCUACCCCACCGUCAAACCGCCCCAGCGUUACAGCACCGACAGUUGCUUCUGUCCGCAGGACGUGGUGGAAGAGGCUGUGCUGCUGCUGCUAAUCACAGAGUCCAUGACCAGUGCAGAAGGCGUGAUCAGCCGUCUGCCGGACCAGGCCGAGGCCCGCCAGGCCAGUCUGCAGGAUGCCACCUCUGUGUACGACCUGCUCAGCAUCGGCAUGGCCAGGAGAGGGCAGUAUGCCAUGCUGUCUGAGUGUCUGGAGCGAGCCAUGAAAUUUUCAUUCACCGAGUUUCACCUCUGGCACCAGCUGGGCUUGUCACUCAUGGCGGCCGGGAAGUGGGUCGGUGCUGUGUCUGUGUUUAAAGAAUGUGCCAGGAUGAGACCUGAGGACCCGUCGCUGCCUCUCCUGGCUGCCAAAGUCUGCAUCAAUCAGCUCCACUGGUUCAAGGAAGCUGAGACUCUGUCCAAAAGGGUGGUGUCCAUGGGGGAAGAAGCAGGGGAAUUUCUGCCCCGAGCUUACCUGGCCCUUGGACUCUGCUUCAGCCGUCAGGCUUCUGAGGCUUCCCUCAAAGACGACAGGAAUGAAUUCAACAAAAAGGCCCUGCAAGUCUUAAAUAAAGCACAUUCACUAGACCCCAAGGAUGCAAAGAUUUCUUUGAAUCUGGCUCUGCAGCUGGCCAUUGUUCGGCAGGUCUCAGCAGCCAUGGAGCCCCUGCAGGCAGCGUUAUCACUCCAUGGGGAUGACUUACACUCCCUCCACCUGUUGACCCUGCUGUUGAGCGCCCAGAAGCAUCACUGUCACGCUCUGGAAACCCUCAACCUGGCCCUCAGCCAGCACCCCGACAACCUCAAUUUGCUCCUGACGAAGGUGAAGCUGGAGGAGGCCAUGUUUGGACCCGCUGCAGCGCUGCAGACCUGUGAGGAGAUGCUGCAAUGCUGGCUGAGCCAUCACGAUGUCAGCCGCUCCAGCGAGACGGAUGACAGCAGCAGCCUCCCGAUGGCUGACAGGACAGAGAUCAGCCCCGGAGGCCAGAAGCUCUCCGUCCACCUCCACCUGCCGGACUUCCACGAUGGAUCCACAGGUUCCCACAGCUCUCCGUCAGUCGCUGUGUCUCGUCUGGAUGCGGCGCUGUCCGAGGUGUCCGACAUGAGCUCCACCCGCCGCCAUGGACCUCCCCACAUCUGGAUCACCCUGGAGCGCGUCUGGCUGCAGGCCGGUGAGCUGUUCAUGGCGGAUUGCCGGUUCAAGGAGGCCCAGUACUGCAUAGCGGAGGCAGCAUCCCUUUUCCCCAACUCUCACUCCGUGCUGCUGCAGCGAGGUCGCCUGGCCGAGCUCCGAGGGCAACCGGACGACGCCAAAGGUCACUAUGACGAGGCCCUGGCCAUCCAUCCGACGGGGGAGCGCAUACUGGUACACAUGGGUCGUCUGCUGGUGAAAACAGGACGCGCCCACCUGGCUGAGAAGGUGCUGCGGGACGCAGUUCAGUUCCACAGCACGUCCCACGAGGCGUGGAGCGGCCUGGGCGAGGCUCUGCAAGCUCUGGGCUCCAGCCAGGCUCCAGACUGCUUCCUGACGGCCCUGGAGCUGGAGGCCUCCUGCCCCAUCCGGCCCUUCACCAUCAUCCCCAGAGAGCUCUGAGGGGGCUGGGAAAAGACCAGAUUCUGACUUUUGACUAAGACACAACCUUUUGGUUAGACACUGAUUCCUGACAGUUAUUUAAAUACGGAUUUCUCAUAUUUACUUACAAUAAUAUUUUGAGUAUUAUUUUCAUUACACAUUGGAAACGGGCUUGUCUUUAAAAAACAGGAUGUUUUCUCUUUUGGAUCAUUGGAUUUAGGGAUGUAAAACAAAGAGGGAACCCUCUUGGUUUUAAUUGUUAAUGGCACAUCACCCAUUUAAAAACUAUGACCAACACUUUCGUUUUAUUCAAUGUGUUUUUGUAUGUUGAACAGAUGACAGAAACGUUAUCAAAUGUGUGGUGAAUGAAGAACGAAACUUCAAAUACAACAUUAAUUUAAGUCAUAACUUAGACCUAAAAAUCUCUGGAAAAAAUAUUAGAACUUUUCAAUUAAAAUCAAAGAAUUUUAUUGAUUUCAAGUGGAAAUUAAAAUAAUGCUGAAAACCUCACAAAUAAAUGGAAAUUAUUCCAGGAAAGUCGUUUUUUUACCCCAAAAAAUAAAAAUGAAAAGGUUGACAGUAAAGCUGACUUUUUGUUUGGCUUAAAAAGAAUUAAGUGGAAAAUUGAUGAUAAAUAAUCUGUAAAAAGAAAUUGAAACUGUUGAGAUGUCCACAAUGUGGUUCAUGAUGACCAACUUCUGACUUAAUCUCUUUUAGCGCACAAAGACUCAUCUUCUUUGAGUUUACUAAAAUGGUCUUGGAUUUUACUUUUAAAUUUCUGAACUUUAUCUACAAAAUUUUUAAACAAAUUUCCAGGCUUUGAAGUGUUUUUUUUUUUACUUUAGAGGGUUUUCAGAGGGUUCUCUAAACGUUGACCAAAUCACUGACUGUAUAUGAGAACUGGACCGAGUGAGUGUGACAUCACCAAAAUAAAUCAUUCACCUCCAUCUCCAACCAAUUGAAAUCAAAUCAGUUGCUGUUUUUUGCGAUACGCCGCCAAGUCAGUAAGCAGUGAUUGGUCCACGUCGGACUGAGCCAAGGUUUCUAUGGCAACCAUUCAAACCAGUCAGGAGUGAGUGCAGAGUCUGGACUCUGGAGAGUCUGUCAAUCAAUCGUUUCACGUCAAGCAUUUGACGUGAAACCACUACUUUCAUUGAGGCGUCAGUUUCUAACUUGAAUAAUUUCUACAGAAUAAAAAAUAUCCAUUAAAAAAUUAGGAAUAUCAAAACAUGUUUAGAAAAAAAGUAUCAGAGCAAGAAGGUUUAUUCUGACCGAUAGAAUGACUGA